CAUCCAGGAUCCACAUCCAUGAUCCAGUCCACAUCCAGGGUCCAUAUCCAUGAUCCACAUCCAUGAUCCACAUCCAUGAUCCAGUCCACAUCCAGGGUCCACAUCCAUGGUCCAGCCUCAUGACUCGAUAAACUACAGUGUUGAGGAUGACUCAGGUGAGCCAUCAGCAGUGGGGAGAGGUGGUCGGCCUGGGCGGUGUGGACCUGUGGGUCCUCCAGUCCUCCCAGGUCCGGGUGGAGGUUCUCACCCUGGGUGCCAUCAUCAGGUCUGUGUGUAGCAGAGGGAAGGAUGGCCAGAUGGAAGACGUAGUCCUGGGCUACGAUCACCUGGAAGGUUAUGUGUCAGAUCAGCGCUACCUGGGAGCUGUGGUGGGCCGCGUGGCCAACAGGAUCGCACUGGGACGCUUCGUCCUGGAGGGAAAAGAGUACCGACUAGAUAUCAAUAAUGGACCUAAUGCACUGCAUGGAGGGCUGCAGGGCUUCAAUAAGGCUAUCUGGUUUGCUACAGCAGUAGAAGGUGGAGUACAGCUGAGUCAUACCAGUCCAGAUGGAGACCAGGGUUAUCCUGGGGAGGUUCAGGUCUCGGUCUCCUACACCCUACAGGGGGAAACACUCACUGCUGAAUACCAAGCCCGGUCUACCAAAACCACCCCCAUCAACCUCACCAACCACUCCUACUUCAACCUGACUGGACGGGGUGCAGCGGAUAUAUACGACCAUCAGGUGUCCAUCAGUGCUCCGUCCUACCUGCCUGUGGAUGACACAUCGAUUCCUACAGGAGAGAUCAGACGAGUGGACGGCACCCUGUUUGACCUCAGACAGCCUGUUCUGAUUGGUCCUCGGCUGAAGGAGGUUCCAGGUCCAGGGUUUGACCAUAACUUCUGUCUGUCCUCAUCUGGAGAAAUCUGGACAGAGAGACCUGCUGCCAGAGUGUGUCACCCAGCCAGUGGGCGGGUCCUGGAGGUUUCUACCAGCCAACCAGGAGUCCAGUUCUACACCGCCAACUUCCUGGACAGCUCUACGCCGGGAAAGGGCGGCGUUGGGUACGGGAAGCACAGCUCCUUCUGUCUGGAGACACAGAACUGGCCUGAUGCGGUCAACCAGGAUUCAUUUCCUGACUGUCUCCUGCGUCCCGGUGAGGACUACCGACAUGUCACUCGCUUCACCUUCACCACUGUCUAAUGACCGACUUGAGGACAGAGACGAAGACGAGUAGAGAAGGUUGUCCAUUAACUGAUUGUAUAUAGUAUUUUUCACAGUAUAAUCAUGUACUACUACUUCACUGUAACCUCUCUUCCCGUCUGUGGAACUCUGUGAUUUCAUGCAGAUGUUUUGAACAUGAAGAAUUCUACCACCCUCGUUCAUGUUAGGUGUUCAUAGUCAACCUGAACCAAUUCUGUUCGUUAGAAUGGGAUUCAUGAUCCUGUUCCAUUAUUCCAUUAAAUGAAUAAAGAGCUGCUCACUAAAGCUGCAUCA